UCCUCUUCCUCCUCCCCCUCCCCUCCCGGGUCAGACAGGAACAACAUGGCGGCGGGAGGCUCGUUAUGUUCGGUGUUUGUGUAAGCGGCUGGUUAUCCGGCAGGAUGAACCUGUGCGGGCAGUAUCUGCGACAGGCAGAAGCCCUGAAGGCUGACAUGACAGAUUCCAAGCUGGGGGCGGCGGAGGUGUGGACGUCCCGGCAGGCCCUGCAGGACCUGUACCAGAAGAUGCUGGUCACUGACCUGGAGUACGCUCUGGACAAGAAGGUGGAGCAGGACCUGUGGAAUCAUGCGUUCAAGAACCAGAUCACUACCCUGCAGAGCCAGGCCAAGAACAGAGCCAACCCCAACCGCAGCGAGGUCCAGGCCAACCUGUCCUUGUUUCUGGAGGCCGCCAGCGGCUUCUACACACAGCUGCUGCAGGAGCUCUGCACCGUGUUCAACGUGGACCUGCCGAGUCGCGUCAAGUCGUCCCAGCUCGGCAUCAUCAGCAAUAAACAGAGCAGCAGCAGCGCCAUCGUCACGCCACAGCCCAGCUCCUGCUCCUACAUCUGCCAGCACUGCCUCGUCCACCUCGGAGACAUCGCUCGUUACCGUAACCAGACCAGCCAGGCGGAGUCGUACUACCGACACGCAGCUCAGCUGGUCCCGUCGAACGGUCAGCCCUACAACCAGCUGGCCAUCCUGGCGUCCUCUAAAGGAGACCACCUCACCACCAUCUUCUACUACUGCCGCAGCAUCGCCGUCAAGUUCCCGUUCCCAGCAGCCUCCACCAACCUGCAGAAGGCCCUGUCCAAGGCUCUGGAGAGCCGCGACGAGGUGAAAACCAAGUGGAGCGUGUCAGAUUUCAUCCGGGCCUUCAUCAAGUUUCACGGCCACGUCUACCUGAGUAAGAGUCUGGACAAACUGGACGCUCUGAGGGAGAAGCUGGAGGAGCAGUUUCAGAGGCUGAUCCUGCAGAAAGCCUUCAGCUCGCAGCAGCUGGUCCACAUCACUGUCAUCAACCUGUUCGAGCUCCAUCACCUGAGAGACCUGACGGCGGUGGACAGCAGCGAGCAGAGCUACAGCAGCGAGCAGCAGAUCAGCUGGUUCCAGCUGCUCGGACUCUUCAUGUCCUUCCUAGGCGUCAUGUUCAGCCGCGCUCUGCUCAACAAGAGCCGGGGGGGCGAGGAGAUCAUGGGGGAGUGUCCUCUGCCCGCCAUCAAAGUGUCUCUGGACUGGCUCAGACUGAGACCCAGCGUGUUCCACGAGGCCGCCGUGGACCAGAGGCAGCAUAUCUGGCCCUGGCUCGUCUCCAUCCUCAACAGUUUCCAGCCCAAAGAGGACGACGUGUCGUGUUUGUCAGUGACGCCCCUGCCUGAGGAGUUUGAGCUGCAGGGUUUCUUGGCGCUGCGGCCCGCUCUCAGGUCGCUGGACUUCACCAAAGGUCAUCAGGGGAUUCUGGUGGACAGAGACGGUCUGCCGGUCCACACCCGACAUCAGAGACUCAUCGGUCUGGGGAAAUGGGUAGCCGACAACCAGCCGGGGCUGAUCCAGUGCAGAGUGAGUGAAGACGGCCUCCUCGUCUUCAUCACUGACAUUCCAGAGCAGGCCAUCGAGGAGCCGCAGGAGAAGGAGGUACCGGUGCUGCAGGAGUCGUCAAACGGCGAGCAGACGGCCAACGACGGCGGGAACUCUGGCCUGAAGUCGGUGCUAUCAGCGGGGAAGACGCAGAGCUCCUGGCCCGACGGCAGCGACCGACCCGUCGUCACCUUCAAAGAGAACAUCAAGCCCCGAGAGCAGAGCCGCGAGGCGACGCGGAACCACAACCUGAAGGACAGCGGGAAGGAGCGCCGAGACUUCAACAAAGGAAACGGGGCUGCGGGGAAAGGAGAGCUGAAGAGGGACGGGAAGAGGAAGAGCGAGCUGAAGAAAGCCGCUCAUGAGAAGACGCCUGAUGCUGUCAAGCAGGUCAAAGGGCAGACGGAGCUGAGGAAGACCCCGGUGUCUGAGACCAAGAAGACUCCUGGCACUCAGACUCAAACCACCUGCUCCUCCCAGUUCAUCCCCAUCCACCAUCCUGGAGCCUUCCCACCGCUGCCCAGCAGACCUGGAUUCCCUCCCUCGGCCUAUGUGAUCCCUCCCCCUGUGGGGUUCCCGGGACUCCAGGUGAAUCCGGGCUUCACGUUCUCCACCGGAGUAUCCGUCCCCGCACCUUUCCUCCAGCCGGGUGUCCACACCCAGGCCGGCACCCAGGCGGGUAAGCCGUCCCACAUUCCCUACAGUCAGCAGAGGCCCUCAGGUCCCGGUCCAGGUCAGGGACCAGGGUCCUCGGGCCAGAUGCCAGGGCAGAUGAACCAGGGGUCGUCGCAGAAUCAACAGCCCCAGAAUCAGCCGCCCUCUCAGCAGGCCAUGCAGCAGACGGUCCAGCUGCAGGUUCAGGCUAUGAGCCAGCAGCAGCAGUCUCCCACCAAACCGGUGCAGCAGGUCGGGAUGGGGAAGAGUCCACCACACCACCCGGGUCUGCAGCAGUACAUGCAGGUCCAGGAUCAGCCGGCUCAGAUGUGGAACCAGGCUCAGGCCGCCCUGCAGAAGAUUCCCUCCCUGCAGAUGUCCAUGAAGCAGCCCCAGCAGCAGCAGCAGCAGGCCUUCUACAUGGCGGCUCAGGACCCCCUCAAACUGUACGAGCACCAGCUGCAGCCCCCCAGCAUGGACAAGAAAAUCAAGUACCCCAACGUCAAGAUGCAGGACUUCUACUGGGAACCGUCCUACAGGUUAGGAGAAGGGCUGGCUGUGAUGGCCGACAGGAUGAAGAGGCCUCCACCGGGAGGAAUCUGUCCAGAGCAGGACCCCUCCGCCGGGCCCAGGGGACCCCCGUUUGAGGACAACAAGAGCUCGCCUCUUCUCCCUCCUGACCUGUUAAAAACUCUAGCAGAUUUUGAGGAGGAGGAGGAGCUCGUCUUUACUAAGCCUCCUGAUUUCUUCCAGGCUUUGGCUGGCCCUCUUAGCACUGCUCCCGGACCAAACAUUUUUCAGCUGCCAAACCAGACCAGGAUGGAGAGUGGACCAGAGGUUGUCAGCCAAUCAUCUUCUCUCCUGCCCAUUUCUGGAUUCCCCAUGCAGGAGUAUAACCAGAACAGCAUCUUCAGUCAGGCUUACGGCAAGAACCUGCCGCCCAGCUCCAAGCCUGACACUCCCAUGAUGCACCAGGAGCCCUCCCUCUACUCCCUGUUUGAGGGGACUCCCUGGUCCCCCUCCCUCCCUGCCAGCUCAGAUCACUCCACCCCAGCUAGCCAAUCACCUCACUCCUCCAACCCCAGCAGCCUGCCGUCCUCGCCACCGACACACAACCACGGAGCCAUGCCCUUCUCCAACUUCGGGCCCAUUGGUACUCCGGACAGCCGGGACCGCAGGGUGAUGGACCGCUGGAAGGCCGACAAGACUGGAGCGGUCAGCGGGUUCGGUCUGGACUACCUGCCGGCUGCAGCCUCCUCUGCAGCCUCGGACACCAGCUGGCACCAAGCAGGCCCGCCGGGAGGCUCCUGGACCAAUCAGGAGUGUCCGAUGGAGGAGUCGUCCUCCACCGUGCUGCUCGACAGCCUCAAGUCCAUCUGGUCGAGCUCCAUGAUGCAGCCGGGCCCGUCGGCGUUGGAGCAGCUCCUCCUGCAGCAGAAACAGAAGCAGCAGCGAGGUCACGGCACCAUGAACCCGCCUCACUGAACGGCCGGCCGCCGCGACACUUUGUGUUCUGACGUCAACGGAAAAAAACCCACCACCAGGAGAAAUGGGAGGAGAAAAAAAACCAGAAGUUUGACGAAGACGAGCUCCAACUGAAAUGGAAAAUUAAACCGGUGAGAAACGGUGGAGGCUGGGGAGGCAACACGACCCCCCGACGAGGCUGAAACACCACCCCCACCCCCCCCUCGGCUGUCGAGGAGCGGGGAAGCCCCUCCUGGAUCGGAGGGCGCGGGAUCUCUUCAAACGCGGUGCCACGUGCCACAUCCGCCGGGUUUCCUUCAACCUGCGGGAAAUCUGAACAUUGAGGAACAUAACCAUCCCCCCCUUACCACCUCUAACCCCCCCUGGUUUUAGACAGACGCCACACCUCCUCUCUCACCUGGAAGAACUCUCUCUCUUUCUUCAGAACAAAAAAAAUAAAAACCGACCUCGUGGACGUCUGCUCAGCCGCUCGGGGCGCCUGUUUUUAGCGUCUCUGCCGCCUGCAGACUGAAGCGAGGUGUGUGUGUGAGAGAGCGAGGACGGUGUGGUGGUCGAGUUCAGAGGGGAGGUCAGGUGAAGCACCUGGGGGGGGAGGGGGGUCAAAACAGACUGGACUUUGUGAUCUCUCCAUUCAUUUUCAUCUCGGAGGAGGAGGAGGCUCUGUGUGGCUGGAGGGAGGAGAGGACGGCGGGUCGUCACGGCGGGUCGUCACGGCUAUAUAAAUAUAUAAAUACGUAUAUAUUGCCAUAGUUGGACUUUAAGCGGGCCUUGUCUCUUAGCCGUGCUGUGAGAGCGAGGAGUGGAAGCGGGACUGAGCGCUCGCUCGCUUGAUGUCCGUUAUUGGAAGGAAGAGACUUCUCGGCUCGACGACGGGGCGGCCUCACGGUGCCGGUUAACGUCCCGGGAAAGAGAGACACACGAACGAGAGGGCGGGGGAGGGGCUAAGAACAUAAACCCAGUGACUCUUAGAGAUAGUUUAACCUUUAGCUUCAUGAGAUAUUAACAAACAAACUGUAUUUUGUGAUUUGUUCGUAGCAGUUUUAGCUUGGCGCCCUCUUGAGGUGAACACAGGUAUGUCUAUUAGCUUCCUGCUUGAAUAUUUUCGGGGGGUUCUCUUCCUCUCCGGAUUUUCUUCUUCUUCCUGUUAUUUCUUUACUUAAUGAAGAAAAAAAAACACUUAAAGGUGAAACCCUGCUCGCUUAUUUAA